AUGAAAAAGGGCUGCAAGAUCACUUUAAACUCUGGUAAAAUAGGUUGUACACCUAUUGUUGCUCGAGUGACAGUCGCAAAGCGCCUUGUCAUCUCUCCUAGCUCUGUUACAAAGGUAGAUUUUCUCAUGAGCGCCGAGAUGCCAGAUUACGGUGUGGAGCUUUGUGGAGAUGGAAGAAACCAUUGUAGCUCUGCAAAGUAUGAAAGAGUCUCGUUUCCUAUGGAGACCGACUCCCCAUAUUCGGUAACAUCAAGGCGACGCAUGUCACACCUGGACAUCUCGGGACCAUCGCCGCCGCACUAUCCAAUGUCCGAAAGAAUGAAUUCUGUCUUGUUUCUCACGUGUGUAGGAGUCUUGUGUGGUCUUGUGCAGGCUGCCACCGUGCCGGACACUGAUCAGGAGCAUGCGGACCGAAGCAUCGUCCUGCCUGGAUCAACGCUCACCCGCACAUCUUGCCAAUGGCAGGUGGCGACCAACCCUUGCGUAAACAACGCUCUGCAGGCCCUGAAUUUCCCCCACCCGAGCGACGCAUCAAAGUUUCUCCAAUGCGGACUGUACGAACGAAUGUACGUUGUCCAGUGUCCCACUGGAGAGCUCUACGACCAGGCAACAUCCUCAUGCAUUUCUCCGAAGGCGAUUGUAGCCCAGCCGACCUACAUCGCCUCUCUCGGCAUUCCGAGCCCAUGCACAGCUCAGAGCCUCCAAGCAGGCCGGAUAUUCUUCUCCGUUGCGAAUAGCAACAACAAAUUCAUCCAGUGCGACGCUGCCGGUAUUGCCCGCGUGAUCACUUGCCCUGACCAGCUCAUCUGGGACCAGAACAGGCAAUCGUGUGUGUACACACUUCAAGGCGGUGUGGCGAACCCUGGUUAUCUUCUUGCAGUCACAGGUUUUUUGAACGGCGCUAAUCCGUGUACCGCCCAGGCCAUCAGCGCUCAGGCCCUGUUCUUCUCGCACCCCGAUCCAACCAAGUUCAUCCAGUGUGACCUGCAAGGGAACGCUUUCGUCCAGAGGUGCCCGUCUGGUCUCGUGUGGAACCAGUACUUGGAGACGUGCGCUUCCCAGCUGGCCUCAUUCACACUAACUGGACAGACAAACUUAUCGGGAUAG